CUUCUCUCUCUUUUUCCCUCUUUAUUAUUUUGCUCUUGUUCCAUAUCAUGCAAAACAUGGUUGCUCCUUUUACAAACUCUCAGUAUGGAAAAUUUGCUACCACCUCUCGAUUAAUAUCUUGUCUUAUUAUCGAGAAUUUAGCCACGGCCUACUACUAUUCUUGCCCUGAGGAAGAACAGCAGAUGGUAGGCUUGUGUCUGGUACUACGAACACGACGCGAUUCUCGGGACGAAGAUGAAAAGCAUACUUCACUAACUACUAAAGACCUUUUGGCAGUGGUUCCUUUACGUGGCAUUCCCGAACUGAACUCCAGCGAAGCUGCUGCUUUAACCCUCCCUAAUGGUGUCCAAUGCCCUAAAAUCGAACUGCUUGAUCCAUGGGAUAUGCUAGCCCCCCAUAUUUUUGGUCUCUACUGUGAUGACAGCUCUCCAAACCCAAAACAUUCCCAGGGCGUCCGAACUCUGGUUACCAAAGCGCUUGAGACGAUAGGAUUAUUGAAAGAAGAUCAAGAUAUAAUGGUUGGCUAUGAUGCAGUACAGCUGUGGACCAAGUUCUCGCGUGAUUAUGGCGUAUCUGAGACGGAGGAUUCAAAGGCGAUUGCAUCGGAAGUAGCCAACUCCAUCAUCCAUCAAACAUAUACUUAUGAUCAUCCAAAGCCAUUACCCACGCUCGAGUCACCACCCUACCAGUGGGAGCAGCUGAUAUUUGAGGGUCAUCCAUAUCAUCCGAUGCACAAACUUCGGAUCAGCGCGCCACCAUUACCGCCUGUGGAGCCAGGACAAGUGGAUUGGGACACUCCGAAAUUGCGUCUUGUCGCGAUCCCUAAAGAAUCCAUCACGCUUCGCGGCGAUUUUGAGCAACGCGCUACGCCCUUGAUCGACGCCAUGUUGCAACCCACGGGCAAAGUUCAGGAUCAGCGUGCCAAAUAUGCUGGUACCCAUGUCUUUAUGCCUGUGCACGAGUUCCAGGUACCCAACAUCCAAGCCAAGUUCAAGGACGCGCUUGUAUUCCCCGAAGCCAACAGCGUCACUGCCCACUGCUUGACAUCGAUUCGGACCGUUGCUGUGCCAGACGUUCUUAAAGAAUUAACCGUCAAGCUGUGCGUAGGCAUCAAGGUGACUUCGGCGCUCAGAAUCAUCUCCGUGUAUUCAACUUAUUUCGGUCCUGGGUUCUCGACACAUGUGGUCCCUCGACUUGUGUAUGACCGCUCGAUUUUGACAGUGGAGCGGGAUUUGGCAAGUGCUAUUUAUCACCAUGACGAUCCUCACGUGGCCAAGCAUUGCAGCUGUAUCUUGCGUGAAGCUGUGGAAUAUCCAUCCAAUCCAGUGAAUAGUGAUGCAUUUGUUGUGACGGGUGCAUUGGUGGAGAAAAUCCAAAAGCCAGGUACGGACGAAACGUUGGUUACGCAUGUCUGGAAGUUGGACACGGAGGAAAAGCGUGCUGCUUUUUUGGACAGAUAUAUUGAAUUGGCACUCAAGGCAUUUAUCCCACCAUGCCGUGAAAAUGGUGUUGCCUUUGAAGCGCACGGACAGAACACGGUGGCACGAUUUGACAAGGAGACGGGAGUAUUGAAGGGUUUUGUGAUUCGUGAUUUUGGUGGCCUUAGUAUCCAUCGCGAAACACUGGAAAAAUCAUGUGACGCUGAGCUAGAUGUUUUGCCAGAUAGCUCUAUUGUUGCUGAAUCCAUGGAUCUAGUCUACAAUCGCCUUUAUCAUUCCUUGUUUCAUACUCAUCUGCAGAGAUUGAUUCGGGUACUGGGCAUGCAUCAUAAUGGCCGUGGCUGGGAAAUGGUGCGUCGCUAUUUUACUGAGCUGGUGCCCAAGAAUGAUCCCAUGUACGCUUAUUUCAUGGAACAAAGCAAAGUAUCGGGCAAGUGCCUGAUAUCCAUGAAACUGGACGGUCUGUACCGUGACGACAUCUUCCGACCGUUCCCUAAUGUUAUCCUUACUCCAAGACAUGCUUAACAAACCUACUAUAUUAAUUAUAUUCUGUAUUAUAAAUAACUUGUAAUUGUAGCUAUAUAGAGCUACCAAAACUGUACUGCAGUAGAAUUAUACUAUUUUAUAAUUUUGAUAUGGGAGUCAUAAGAG